CUUUCCCUUCUCGCCUUCUUCGCUUUAAGGCCAACCAUCAACACUUCUCUCCUCUCUCUCUCACCUAACGUUGUCUGUCUGUCUGUCUCCUUUGUCUCUGUCAUCUUUCUAUUUCCUUCCCCCUCUCUUCGCCAAAUACACACACACACCGUAUAAAACUUGACCACCUUCUCUCCUCUCCCCGCCCCUACGUCGUUCUCUUCUCGGCCAGACAAUUCCCACCCAAUGGCCCCUCAUCUUCGCCUCUCCAUCAGUCCCAUUCGACGGCCCGGCGCGGCCCAACUCGCCUCCCCUCCCGUCCACGACCUCUUCUCGCCCUUCGGUCAGCUCGAUGGCCUCGACACCACCGACUUCCGUGAAGCGGCCUACGAGGUGUUCUUCACGGCGUGCCGUUCCUCGCCUGGGUUCGGGGGCCGGAGCAUGGCCGCGCACAACAACAGCUUGGAUGAGGGAGGGGAGGGUAAUGGGUCGAGUUUUGGAUCGGGUCUCGGGUCGUCGCUGAAGCCGCCUGGGGUGGGGAUGGCGGUGACCAGCCGGGUGAAGAGGGCGUUGGGGCUGAAGAUGGUGAGGAAGCCGGCGGCGGGGAGACGGACCAGUUCAUGUGGAUUAAUUAACCCAUCCUCGCCGAGUGCAUCUGGGGCGAUGAGCCCAAGGGUGGGUUCCACGUUGCCGGGGGCGGGGAGGCUGAGGCGACCAUUGACGUCGGCGGAGAUCAUGAGGCAGCAGAUGCGGGUGACGGAGCAGAGUGACAAUAGGCUACGUAAAACUCUUAUGAGGACACUUGUUGGCCAAAUGGGCAGGCGCGCAGAGACAAUAAUCCUUCCCCUAGAGCUGCUACGUCAUCUGAAGCCGUCUGAAUUCAUUGACCCUCACGAGUACCAUCAGUGGCAGAAGCGGCAGCUCAAAAUACUGGAAAUAGGACUUCUACUUCACCCUUCAAUUCCACUAGAAAAAUCAGACGCAUCUGCUGCAAAACUUAGACAAAUCCUUCAGGCGUCUGAGGCUAAGGCAAUAGACACAGGUAAGAACUCUGAGAUCAUGAGAGCACUUUGCAACUGCGUUGUUUCCUUGGCGUGGCGAAGCCCUGAUGGUGGAACUACCGACGUUUGCCAUUGGGCCGACGGUUACCCCCUAAACGUUGAAAUAUACAAUGCUCUGCUCCACUCUGUUUUUGAUUCAAAGGAUGAGACUUUAGUCCUAGAUGAAGUUGAUGAGCUGCUAGAGCUUAUGAAGAAAACUUGGUCGAUGUUGGGGAUUAACCGGCCAAUACAUAACUUGUGUUUUACUUGGGUACUUUUUGAGCAGUACGUCGUUACAGGACAGGUUGAGCCGGACCUUCUUGCAGCGUCGCUUACUAUGUUAAGUGAGGUAGCAAAUGAUGCUAAAAAGGUUGAUAGAGAGCCUGCUUAUGUGAAGAUGCUGGCCUGUGUAUUGACUGCAAUAAAGAAGUGGUGUGAGAAGAGUUUGCUGGAUUACCAUGCGAAUUUCGAUAAGGGGACAGUUGUGUUUAUGGAGAACAUUCUUCCUUUACUUUUCUCAACUACGAAGAUAUUGGAAGAUGAUGUCCCGUGUUACAUUACUUCACCCCAAGACAGUGGAGAAGUAGUUGAUGACUCUAGUGGGAAUAAGGUUGAUCAUUACAUUCGAUCAUCUUUAAGAAACGCGUUUGCUAAGAUGCUCGAGGAUCAAAGUGCCAAUGGGACAGAAAACAUCGAGGCACAGAAAGUGAGUGAGGUGCUCAUUAAAAUGGCAAGAGAAACGGAAGAGCUGGCCUCAAAGGAGAAGGAUAUCUUCAGUCCUGUGCUCAAGAAGUGGCAGCCGGUCGCUGUGGGAGUUUCAGCAGUAACUCUGCACACUUGCUAUGGAGCUCUCCUGAAGCAAUACCUGACGGGAAUGUCGCCCCCCAUAAACGAAACAAUCUUGGUGCUGCAGAGGGCUGGGAAGCUUGAGAAGGCUUUGGUGCAAAUGGUGAUUGACGACUCUGUUGAUUAUGAAGAUGGAGGAAAAGCAGUUGCAAAAGAGAUGGUUCCUUAUGAAGUUGAGACUGUCAUACUCAAACUAUUGAAACAGUGGAUUCAAGAGAGGCUGAGGACAGGAAAGGAGAUUCUCCUGAGAUCCAAAGAAACAGAAACAUGGAAUCCCAAGUCGAAAACGGAGCCGUAUGCUCAUUCAGCUGCAGAGCUAGUGAGAUUUUCCAAGGAAGCUGUGGAGAAUUUCUUUGAAAUUCCAGUGAAUGUAUCUGAGAAUUUAGUUUAUGAUCUUACUGAUGGUUUAGAGCAUUUCUUUGGAGAUUACAUCAAAUUUGUUGCUUCAUGUGGAUCGAAACAGAGUUAUCUUCCCACACUUCCUCCACUGACACGAUGUAGCCGGGACUCAAAGUUCUUGAAACUAUGGAAAAGAGCUGCAUGCAGUGUCGGCAUAGACGAUCCAAGUCAGAAUACUGCAGCAGAAAGAAACCAUCCUCGUCCUUCCACAAGUCGAGGAACACAACGCCUCUAUAUCCGACUCAACACAUUGCAUUACCUUCUCUGUCAACUCCACUACCUCGACAAGACACUAUCUCUUUCCCCAAAGGUCACCCCUCCAAAAAGCCGGUUUGGCAACAGAAGGCAACUAGGAAGUUCCUAUUUCGAGCAUAGCCGAUCCGCCAUACAAUCGGCCUGUCAGCAUGUCUCAGAAGUUGCUGCCUACCGUCUAAUAUUCUUGGACUCGAACUCUGUUUUCUAUGGAAGCCUAUAUGUCGCUGAUGUAGCGAAUGCACGGAUUAGACCAGCACUGAGAACACUGAAACAGAACCUCACUCUUUUGUGUGCAAUAGUUACCGAGCGGGCUCAGCCACUAGCAUUGAAAGAAUUAAUGAAGGCUUCUUUUGAGGCAUACCUUAUGGUUUUGCUAGCCGGAGGCAGCUCAAGGAUCUUUUCUAGGCUUGAUCAUCCGAUGAUUGAGGAGGACUUUGAUAACUUGAAGCGAGUGUUUUGUACAUGUGGAGAAGGUUUGAUUGGGGAGGAUGAGGUGGCAAGAGAGGCUGAGACGGUGGAAGGAGUGGUCGGGCUGAUGGGGCAGUCGACUGAGCAGUUGGUGGAAGAUUUCAGCAUUGUGGCUUGAGGGCAGAAGCUGCCGAUGCCACCAACAACAGGAAGAUGGAACAGGUCAGAUCCUAACACCAUAUUGAGGGUACUUUGCCAUAGGAAUGACCGAGGAGCUAACAACUUCCUCAAGAGAACAUUCCAGUUAGCAAAGAGGAGUGGAUCUGCAUGAUCCAAGAAACUGCAUCUACGAGGUUGAAACUGAGGAAAAGAAAAGGUUGCUGUCUAGAUGAAAAAAUCUGUCGAUUUGUUCUAACUGAUAAAAAACAAAAAUGUGUAACUGAUCUGUGGUUGUAAAGACACUUCUUCUAUCACACAUUUCAUAUACUUUCUAGUGGUGCUCCAAGACAAGGAUAUAGAGAUUGGAAGACCAGUUUGCUAAUUUUCUGUCUUGUUCUUUUUCUUAGAUUAGGAUGUAUUUUUAUGUAAACAUUGGUGGUGGGACAGGAGAACUCGGGAAUUUGUUUUGCA